AGUCGUGUUGCAUUUCACAGCGUAGCACCAUCAGCAGCUACACGGAGCAGGAGCCUUUCUCAGUCGCGUCUCCCCUGUAGGGUGCAGGGUUUUACCGAUGCUUUUUUAUUGAGGCUUUGAUUGACAGCAGUUGAUAAUCCUCACCGUCUUCAUCCGUCUGUGUGCUCAGUUUUAGGCAACAACGACAGGGCGCAUGGAGUCCGCGUUUAAAGGCUCCGGGAGGUGUUGUGCUGGAAAUAAAGCAUCCAGCUAGCCUAGUCAGUGUUAGUUAGCCGCCGCCGCCAACAACCACGGACUUUACGGUGUGGGGAGAGAACCGCCACCCGGUCAGGAGACGAGACCAGCAUUUUGUAGGAUCCGAACAAUGGGGCUCAUAUUCGCCAAACUGUGGAGCUUCUUUUGUAAUCAAGAGCACAAGGUGAUCAUUGUGGGUCUGGACAAUGCAGGGAAGACUACAAUUCUCUACCAGUUUCUGAUGAACGAGGUUGUCCAUACAUCACCCACCAUUGGAAGCAAUGUGGAAGAAAUUGUGGUGAAGAACACUCAUUUCCUGAUGUGGGACAUUGGAGGCCAAGAGUCCCUGCGAUCCUCUUGGAACACCUACUACGCCAACACCGAGUUCAUCAUUCUGGUGGUGGACAGCACGGACAGAGAAAGACUGGCCAUCUCCAAGGAGGAGCUCUACAGGAUGCUGGCUCAUGAGGACCUGCGGAAAGCAGCGGUGCUGAUAUUUGCCAACAAGCAGGACAUGAAGGACUGCAUGUCUGCAGCAGAGAUCUCCAAAUACCUCACCCUGAGCUCAAUCAAGGACCACCCCUGGCACAUACAGUCCUGCUGUGCACUUACAGGAGAGGGCUUGUGUCAGGGUCUGGAGUGGAUGGCCUCCAGAGCUGGCCUCAGAUAACCCCUCCCUCUGCCAUCCACGGCCCGACCCCCCCCCCUCUCUCCACAGCGUCGCAGCAUCUCGUCCUCACUUUGCUUUUUUGUUGGACUCAACGGGACAUCGGCGUUCAGAGACUGAACUGUGGCAGCGCACAGACUGAUCAAACGCAGAGAAACCUGCGAAUAAAACAAGCAGUGAUCUUUUUUGUGUGUGCGUAUUUCAGAGGAAACCCAUCGUCCGUGGUGUUCACCACGUGCAUAUCGUGUUUCUAUCAUGUCAUGUGGGGUGCUGCCUUUUUAAAUCUGUGUAUUCAGGGCAAACUUACUCUCAUCGUUGCAACAACAGUUUUCAUGGUCAAACUAAGAAAUGCUGCUUAUUUAUUCAACAUAAGUUUUUUUUUUGUUUUUUUUUAUUACACAACUGUUCAUGUUACAAACAUUGACAGAUUCAUAAGCUACUUUAUUGGAAUUUUAAACAUUUUUUUUUUACUUUUGGCAUGUACUUGUACAUGUCUAUUCCAGAUAAUUGGCAUCCUCCCCCUUUUCUUUGUGCAGAACUCUGAUUUCCCGUUAAUUAGCGCUUCGCUAACACUUUCUACGUUAUGCAGCUUUGUUUUGCAGACGGAUGCAUUUGUAUGAACAGUCGCUGCUCUGCUGCUUGAAUGUUUUAUACAAGAAAGGCGUCAAACUAAGCAGCUUUCAAGGAGGUGGAAGGAUUUUUUUUAAAGCGGUUUGGCUGUAAAGGUGUUGAGCUCAUCAGGCUGUUGAAAUCCCUGAGCCUCGGCCUUAAGAUCUGUACGUUUGGAUCAUUUUUUUCUUCUUGUCCUUGCUUUCAGAUCUAUGCAUGUCAUCGAAACGAGAAAUCCUUAAAGUUCUCAAGUGGCCAAACGGGAGAUGCACACAUUUCAGCUCAAGUUUUGACAACCAAGGGCUGGAAUCCGAGCAUCAGAAUUUACAGAAGCAUCUCUAGAUGUUUGGUCUUUAAACAGAUUAGCCAUGAAUACAAGGUUUACAAUUUUUGUGUCUUGAGCUCAUCAAGCAAUGAAACGGAUCAUUAACUGUGUGACAUGUAGUCUGGAUCAUGUACUGUACGUUUUCAUUAAUAAAUGUUAUUUUUGAACACAUCCUGUUGUCUGUUCUACUGUUGGGCAAGAAAAGGAUUCACGCUAACGGGAUGUAUACCUGUUUUAUUGACAUUCAGGAGAUUCCAAUCAAGGAAAAAAAGAAUCAUUUUUGUCUUUUAGUCUGUACUACACAAUCCACUUUCAAAGACAAAACACACCUCACAGACAUUAACAUUGGAGACAGAUACAAGCCUAUAUGUUUCCAAGCUGCAGUGGGGAUGUGAGGAGUGUCCUGCUGCUCAAACAGGUCAAAACAUUUGCUAGAACAGCUCUACCAGAAGACAGAUCUCAGUAAGAAAAACUAGUAUUCACAGUAACACCAACGUCACGUUAAACACAAAAGUAGCACAUAUAUUCAGGAGUCUGUUGUUUCCCAUGAGCCUCUUUGUCGAAUUGAAAAAUGUGUGUAUGUUUCUCCUGUUGCUGGUGUAUUCUGGAAUCCUUUUUGGAAAGAAGAUGACGACUCCAUCCAUCAAAGUCUGUUUAGAAACUCCAGGUUUGUGGUUGGAAAAAAAAAAACCCAAAACAAAUGAAUGUGUGGCAUUUUCACCAAACGUCCAUCACAUCAGUUCAUCAAUAGCUAUGAAACAUGCAUUAGUCCAAAGAGUUAAAAUGGCUUUGAGGCAGACAGCAAAUAUAUCACAAAAAAAAAAAAAAAAAAAAAAAAAA